UACAGCAGCACGAUGCGUGCAUUAGCCGCCAUAGUUCUUGACUUCUCGGAACGUCCCACACCGUCCCUAUCACCUUCCCUAUCUAAUCGGUCGUCUCCCCGUCGACAAGAGAACUCGUUUCCCAUAGGGAAACUCGUUCAGUCUCCGCCCGAAUAGUUCGUAUCGAUUUCCUUCAGGUUUCGUGGUCGAUACGGACCACCCCACCCGGCGCGACUUAUCAAGAACAUUAGGAUCAGGGUUGAUGGGGGCGUUGCGUGCUCCCUAGUCGCCUUGGAACCCGUUUAAAAAUGGUGUUCGCACGACCCGCGGUUGCGUCCCGACGCUGAGUAAACAGAACUGACCAGUUCCAGUGCGAGUUCGAUACCCGACAAUUGAGCAUCGUGUUCUGAUUCGGUCCGAGAUUUGCGGCUCCAACUGGGUUUAGAUCUGGAGCUGAGGAGUCUAGAGUCUGCAGUAGUGUUAGUGCGCUCCACACCGCUUCCUCCAUUGUGCACUGUGUUUGGUUGGUGUCUUCAGCCCGGGCGAACAGAAGCUCUUUUGUGUACGCAGUGCCCCUAAUCAUAAUCGUGUGACAAUUUUAUUGCGCUUUUUGGGGAAAUGUUUAGAUAAAAUUAUUAACACAAGAUAAAAUCGUUAUUUGUUAUAAACAAAUCCGCGGAGCAGAUAAGUGGCGAUUCGCAUUGCGUUUCGAGUUGGUGAGUGAAUUGGAGAAUGAAUGCUAAUUAGAUAGUGAACAUGUGCACGCGGCUCGUUGUGCGAGAGUGUUGAACUUGAACAGCAUCUUCUUGGGAAGUAUCUAAACGAGAUCUGCUACUGUCACCGUCUGCCGAGUCAAAUCAUUUGCUAGAGAUUUUUUUCCGCAAAUAAGGACGCUUGAAAUAUCAGUGGGUCUAGGCUUCGUGGGGUAAAAUAAUUUUUGUUGUGUGCCGAUCCUUGGUAAUAUCAUGAAAAAUGGAUAUAGGAAUGCGCACUGAUAAAAACGCUGUAACACUCGAAGAGCUUCGAAUUCUGCAAAAACGAAUUGGACUAUCAGCGAGUAGUGGAUUUGAGGAAGAACUGAAAAAGACCAUGUUCCAUUCCACUUCAGGGUACGCGGAUUUAACAGGAGGAGCUAGUAAUGCAGCCUCAUAUCACCAGCAAGCCGCCGCUGCUGCGGCUGGUACUCCGGUUUAUGUUCCUUCCAAUCGUGCUUUAUCACAUACACAAUAUGGUCACACAGGACCAUUCGCAAGUGCAGCGGCUCAGAAUACCUGGACAACAGACAGUUUCGGAGCAGCCCAUUCACAACUUCCCGCCCAGUUUUAUGCACAAUCAAUGAUGAGUUCAUGGCGAACAUAUGACCCGACCACAUUCCAAAGGACAUCACCCUAUGAUCCCAUGGAGUUUCAAUUUGGUGAGGGCCGCGAGUGUGUUAAUUGCGGAGCGAUAAGCACGCCAUUGUGGCGAAGAGAUGGUACCGGCCAUUAUUUGUGCAAUGCCUGCGGAUUGUAUCACAAAAUGAAUGGCAUGAAUCGACCACUUAUUAAGCCUAGUAAAAGAUUGACGGCAACACGACGCUUAGGUUUGUGUUGUACAAAUUGCGGUACCAGGACAACGACACUGUGGCGUCGAAAUAAUGAAGGGGAACCUGUAUGUAAUGCUUGUGGUCUCUAUUUCAAACUUCAUGGGGUGAAUAGACCGUUAGCAAUGCGUAAGGAUGGAAUCCAGACACGAAAACGAAAACCAAAAAAGACUGGCAAUGAAACAACUCCUGGGAAGGACAAGGAUACAGAAGAUUUGAAACCGUCAUUAUCGUCAGUCUCGAAUAACAACAACCACCAAUCAAUGGAGCGAAGCCUGAACUCCAGUAAGUUGUCAGCGAGUAGUCCCAAACACACUUCACUUCACCAGCAAAUGCAUUCGCCAACCGCAUCCAUGUCCCAAUCGCGGGCUCAAACCUCGUCGUCAUCUAACAACCCCACAUAUUCGCCGCACAUUCACAGCCACGCCACGUCCGCGAUGACCAGCAACGCGGCGACCACGAACCUGCACAGUAGCUUGGCCCUGACCAGUCCUUCCGCCGUUACAAAGUACGAGCACUUACUGCACUCCGGAGCCGCAUCAGCGGUUUCCAACCUUUCACUUGCAAAUAGCGUGGGAAGUAUGUCGGGUUCUAGUAGUAACUAUCAUUCGGCCCACAAUUUAGGGCAGCAUUCGUACGGUAGCGUCAAAGCCGAGACAAACACCUCAUCGUAUGAGUAUAUGAAUAAUUGCUAUUUCGGUGGAACGUUCGGAGCGCUGACUGCAUCCAGCGGUGGCGUACAUGGCACAGCCGAACUGGCCGGCUAUCAUCAUCAGCACAAUGUGAUUCAAGCAGCUAAACUCAUGGCGUCAUCCUAGGAUUUAAUGGAGUCUUGAAAUAGAAGAAUGUUCUACGAAACCCUGCAGUCAACCAUAAUUCUGAGCUGAAUGCAAUAUAGAGAAACGCCUGGCGUUCAACUGUUUUACUACUUUGGUAGUCCGACCUCCAUUUUCUGGAGUAAAUGAUUUAUCAGAUUCGAUUUAAAAGAUUCGAAAGAACAACUAAUUUUGACUUGUCCAACCUACAUGUAAUCUAAUUACCAAGUAAACGAGGAAACACUUAAAACUAGUUUUAAAAAACAUUCAAUCAUUAAAUGUAAAUUUCGUCUAGAGAAAGUAAAGCACUGCACCUUCCAACUUGAAACACGAUUAAUUGAAUCCGUUUCGACUAUUCCUACAAAUGUUAACAUGUAAUGUAAAUAAUAAUCACAAUAUGAGUAUUAUGAACUACAAUUAAAUUUUUAUUAGUAAAAUUUUAAUUAUAAAUUAUUUUAAAAGUAUUUUUCCUGUGUAGACUCUAAGAUACUGAGCGCAUUCUGUUAAAAGUUUCUCCUACUUAAUAAAAAGAAAGAAUAAAUAUAUUUUUGCUUCGUUUAUUUAAAACGGUUUCUCCACUACUUUGAUAGCUAACCGCGGACAGACUGAUAUUUAAAGCAAAAAGCCAGCUAAAUAUUUUAACAACUGUCAUUGUUUUCUUUAAGUAUUUUGUAAUGAACUUAGAGGAAUAGGAGGAUCAAAAGAUCAUCCUGAUUGGCCGAGAGCGACUGUUUGGGAGAAGUAGUGAAUGCUGAUCCGGCCCAUGAAACUCCUGAUUUGCGUUAGCAAAUCUCGCCCAGCUUCACGCCCUGGAAUUGUGGAUCCGCGGUCGGUUGUUUUCCUGAGCUUCUCUUAUGAAGCUCUUGAACCUGGACGCCGCUGCUGAAAGGGAACACGUUAGAAUAAUAAUUCUUACCAAUAGUAACCAACUCCUCUAGCUGCACUUUCUAAAUAAUAACACAGUAGCCUAACACUUCACACUACUUUAUUUAUAAAAUCCUAGCUUAAUUUAACUUGGUUGCUGGUACUCGCUGCAUAGGUGUCUGACUCGUUCUCGGUUUAAGCUACGACGACCCCGUUCAUUAUGCAGUAUGAACUCUUAUAACUUUUGCUGGUAUGUAAACACCAUGCGGAAGUAAAUACACGCAAGGUCGUCGAUCGUCUGUAUCGGAAUGCGAAACAUGCUGCUUCAGUGGAAGUAUUGUACAGCAUACCUGUUUAUGCGGCUGCUGUUUACUGCAAUAACGUUAUGACCUUGCCAGUAUUAGCGCUGCAGCGUUACAGUUGGUCAAUUAUGUAUGUAAUGAACGCGAAAGAAUUUUGAUCGGAAAUUCUUGCAAACAGCGACCUAGAGGGAAGAACUAUUCCAGAACCCUAAAAAGUUGGCGAAAUUGACCUUUCACGGUCAGCCCGCAAAGACUGAAGCUCCAUCAAACUAUUGGGUCGACACGU